AUGACUGAGGCCUGGCACGCAUGGAGGAAGGGAGGGGCGAUCGAUUCCCCGCCCGGCUGGGCUGCCCGGGGUCCCUUGAGAUCAGUCACAGGCCCCUCCUUGCAGGUGGACGAGAUCCUGGGAGACCAGCCCACUGCCAAGGAGCAGGUGUUCGCUGCCCUGAAGCAGUUCGCGGCUGAGCAGCAGGUGGAUGACCUGGUGGGGGCGCUCACCCUGGCCCUGCCCCGCGAGGCCCGAGGGCCCCUCCUGGACAACCUCAGGUACCUGGGUCUGGGGCGGGAUGGGCAGCAGGGUGUGUCCCGCUCAGGGGUGCCGCGGUCCCACGGCCACCCAGGCGCUGCUGCUGCUGAACCGGACCCCAACACCCCUUCAGCCCCAGAGCAAAGGACGGUCCGCGUCUACAAGGGCAACAAGAGCUUCGGCUUCACGCUGCGCGGCCACGGGCCCGUCUGGAUCGAGUCUGUCCUGCCUGGAAGCCCGGCUGACAAUGCCGCCCUCAGGUCGGGCGACCGGAUCCUCUUCCUCAAUGGACUGGACAUGAGGAACUGCUCCCAUGACAAGGUGGUGUCCAUGCUGCAGGGCAGUGGCGCGAUGCCCACCCUGGUGGUAGAGGAGGGGCUCGUCCCGUUCCCCAGCGACUCCGAUUCUUUGGAUUCCUCCAGCCCGUCGGCGGCGCUCACCUCCCUGCAGUGGGUGGCGGACAUCCUGCCGGCCAGCAUCCGCGUGCAAGGGAGGACCUUCAGCCAGCAGCUGGAGCGCCUGCUCACGCCUCCCGAGCGCUACGGGGUCUGCCGGGCCCUCGAGAGCUUCUUCCAACACAGGAACAUCGACACCCUCAUCGUCGACGUCUACCCGGUGCUGGACACGCCCGCCAAGCAGGUGCUCUGGCAGUUCGUCUACCAGCUGCUGACUUACGAGGAGCAGGAGCUCUGCCAUGAGAAGAUCGCGUGUUUCCUGGGCUACACGGCCAUGACCGCAGAGACAGAGCCGGAGCUGGACCUGGAGCCGGAGCUGGAUCUGGAGCCGGAGCCGGAGCCGGUGCCCGAGCCCCACACGCUGGCCCGGCAGAUCCCUGCUUCUCGGACCACCCAGGCCUGGUCUGUGAGGCCACCUGAGGGUCGUGUGGAGGAGGGAGGGCGCUGGACUCUCCCGCCUCCUUGUCCGCAGAUGUCGGCUGUGUAUGCGGAGCUGGAGUCCAGGCUCAGCAGCAGCUUCGCAGGGAGGAGGGGGUCCACCUCCAGAUCCCGAGCCUCGCCCCCAACACCCAGCCCGGCCGGCACAGCAGGGCCCAGGACCCUGUCCGGCAUCUCCUGGCCCAGCGAGCGGCUCCGGCCCUCCCCCUGCUACUACCCGCUGUGCUCCGAGGACCCGGCCUCCCCCAGCACCCAGCCCAUCCUUAUGAGCUUCCAUGAGGACGACCAGGGCAGCUUUGUCACCAACGAGAGGAGCAGCGCCAGCGAGUGCGUCAGCAGCAGCGAGGAGGGCAGCUCCCUCACCUACUCCUCCAUGUCCGACCACAUCCCCCCACACCGCCGCAUGAGCGUCAAGCGCCUUCGGUGGGAGCAGGUGGAGAACUCGGAGGGCACCAUCUGGGGUCAGUUGGGGGAGGACUCUGACUAUGAUAAGCUGAGUGACAUGGUGAAAUACCUCGACCUGGAGCUCCACUUUGGCACCCAGAAACCGGCUAAGCCCGUGCCCAGGCCCGAGCCCUUCAGGAAGAAGGAGGUGGUGGAGAUCCUGUCCCACAAGAAGGCCUACAACACCUGUGAGGGGCAGGGGGUCCCCGGGGCUGUGGGGGGCAGGGGGCGGCCGCCCUUCCCGGGACCCCAGAGAGCUGGGCAGGGAACCGGGGGGCCUGUGGCACCCCAGCAGGUAAGACCCCGGAGGACGGAACACAGCAGUCGGGUUCUGAGUGUCGGAGCCGCGCUGAGGGCAGGGACUGAGGCGGGUCUGAGAGAGGCCGGGCUGGGACGCCUGGUCCCGAGUGGUCAGCAAGCUGACGGGCCUGAGGAGGGUGUGUGUGGGGGUCACUCGCAGCUGAACUCCACCAAGACCGUGGACGGGAAGCUCACCUUCCUGCACAUCCUCGCCAAAUCGCUGAGCCAGCACUUCCCCGAGCUCCUGGGCUUCGCGCAGGACCUGCCCACCGUGCCCCUGGCGGCCAAAGGUAGGCUGGGUGGUGGGUGGGAGGCGGGCCCUCUGCGGGCGCUGGAGGGGCUGCAGCGAGAGGCCGUGGAGGAGCUGGGCAAGGCGCUGGCCUUCUUCGGAGAGGACUCCAAAGCCACCACCUCCGAGGCCUUCUUCGGCAUCUUCGCGGAGUUCAUGAGCAAGUUCGAGGUGAGCCGGCGGGAGGCUGCAGGCCCUCGGGAGGGGCAGGGCCGGCGGUCAACAGAGGGGGUCUUCUGUGAAGCGGGGUGUUGGGAAAGCACCCCACCUGGGUGUGGAGAGGAACACCAGAGGCUGCGGCCUCGGCCUGGGAGCCACCGAGGUUGGGGCCUCGCCCACCCCUUGGACCCCUCCUGCCUGGGACCUCGGGCUGCUGUGCCCACGGAGCCCAUGUCUCCAGCUACCUCAGCACUGAACGUCAGCCACUGCGAAGGUCGGGGUUCUGCGGGACCCCAUCUCCCGGCCGAGCCCCAGCCUGAGUGCCGGGGUGCAGGAGCCACUGUGCACUCGCAGGGAAGGUGA